AUUUCAACAGAAAAAUAUAAGUCAUAAGAAGAAGUAGUUUGCUGCAAUAUAUAACCAGUCAACAUGUAGCCGGUGCCUCACCUCGUUUCUUCUCUCUCCCACCGCUUCACUCUGCGUUGAGACUACGUCGUUUACAAGCUCUAAAUAUGGUAUUCAUUCUUCAAGCUAUCCCUUGCCGCUCCCUUCCGUUUUUCUUAGAGACAUGAUCCAAGGUUCUUUAGCUUUGUAGUGUCGGAUUAUCAAAGACUCCGAAGAAGAUCGAGCUAAUCUCGACUCUCCUUUUUUUUUUGUUAAAGAAGAUUUGCCGCUUUAUUUAUAAAGUGCAGAUAUCUGGGAAGAGGUAUAUUUGAUGGCUUCACUAGCUGUUGAUUCUGCCUGGCUACCCUUGCCUAGCGAGUCCUUAUGUAGAUCUUUUAAUGUAUGCCUAGAGGAAGCAAAUCCAGCUGAUAUUUUACCUGCACUGGAAGCUCCUAUGUCUUCUGUGUCUGAUAACUGUAACAUUCCAAAACCGCCACCUCUCCCUAGCAAAGUGCGUACAAGAACUAAGUAUUCAAAAGGGCCUCUGGAGUGCAGCUUUGUCCCUAACGAAACAAAGAAUACAUGGGACAUGCUUUUUAAGGAAGGAUAUGGUGUAGACGUUUGUAUUAUCACGAAGGAUAAAUCAUGUGUUCUAGCUCAUUCUAAUAUUUUGAGUAUUGCAUCACCUGUGCUGAGUAAUAUUCUCAGCCAAUCAAAAGUCAAGCAUGGCAUGAGAUACAUCAAAAUUCCUGGAGUACCUCAUGAUGCUAUCUUUUUGUUUAUUCGAUUUUUAUAUUCAUCCUGCUAUGAAGAGGAAGAGCUGCGGAAGUUUGUUCUCCAUCUAUUAGUCUUGUCACAUUCCUACUCAGUUCCACCACUGAAAAGAGUUUGUAUUUGCUUACUGGAGCAAGGCUGGCUUACCAGAGAAAAUGUGAUAGAUGUCCUUCAGUUAGCAAAGAAUUGUGAUGCACCUAGACUUGCCUUCAUUUGUGUUCGUAUGAUCGUAAAGGAUUUCCGAUCUAUAUCUUCGACUGAAGGGUGGAAAGUGAUGAAGCGUGCUAAUCCUGCUCUUGAGCAAGAACUUGUAGAGUCUGUUGUUGACGCAGAUUCUAGAAAGCAAGAGAGGCAAAGGAAAGUGGAAGAGAAAAAGGUAUACUUGCAAUUGUAUGAAGCAAUGGAGGCCCUCCUUCACAUCUGCAAGGAUGGGUGUAGGACAAUUGGACCUCGUGACAAGGUGCUGAAAGGAAGCCAGGUUACCUGCAAUUUUCCAGCUUGUAAAGGACUCGAAACUUUAGUGCGUCAUUUCUCCAAUUGUAAGACUCGGGUCCCUGGUGGAUGUGUUCACUGCAAGCGCAUGUGGCAGCUUCUUGAACUGCAUUCCCGCAUGUGCAAUGAGCCUGAUUCUUGCAAGGUUCCUCUUUGCAGGCAUUUUAAGGAGAAAAUGCAGCAGCAGAGCAAGAAAGACGAGACAAAGUGGAAGCUGUUGGUCAGCAAAGUAAUUGCAGCAAAGAAUGCAGUAGGGCCAUUCUCAUCUCGACGGUCAGGUUUAUCCUGACAUCUCAAAUGUGAAAAGCAGCAUUACCAUGUAUUUUUAUUGGAAUUGGUUAAUGCUCCAUGAGAACUUAUAGAAGCUGUGAAUAGGGAAAAUAAAUAGAAAAGAAUAUUAAUAUAAGUUAAUGGCAAAAUAAAAUACUAGCAGUUGUUCCUUCGGUACAA